CCUCUCCCCUCCACGGGUUAUGGAGGGGGCCAUCGGCAAGAAAUUCUCGGCGGGCGCUAGAGAAUGUACCAUGUGUGGCGAUGUUGGCUUCUCCACGGAGCUAUUUCCCUGCGAUGGAUGCCAGGGGCGAUACCAGCACAGAUACUGCAGCGAUCUCUAUCCCAAGGAUCCCAAUCCAAGGCUCUGCAACUGGUGCUUGCACGAGAGGAAGAAGACGAGCUCGAAUUUCAUGGCUGAUCAUGGGAUUUUCAUGACCGGUCACAAGCGAAAAGUUCCCUCUUUCUCGAGUGAUGGUACCGCUGCGCAAUCGAUCGAUUCGGGGGUUUCCAGGCAAGGAAACAAUCGGAUUGUUGCGAAUGGGAGGAUCCAAUCGCUCCCGCCGCGUUCUUGCAACCAUGUCCGUGGCAUUGCCAAGCGGUACAAGCUCCUCUCGCAGGUCUCUUGCUAAGAACUAAAUAAAAUAUGAGGAACGAAGAUCAAUCAUAGA